CCUUAUUUCGCUUAAAUAUUGAUAAAUGAUAAAGGGCCAGACUGCAUAUGGAUGUGUGUGUGCGUGUCGAGUGUGUGCCAGUGUGUGUGUGUAUGCAAUACUGAAAACGCAGACGGAAGAGUGGGGAAAGGAAAGGAGAGAAGAAGAAAAGGAGAGCAAAAAAAAUUGGAUCAGUUUUCGAUUUACGAUUUCCGACUGUCCCCAUACUUGACACUUUCCUCUUUGUCAUGAAUUUUCUGUAUAUUUUCUGUGUAAAAAUUUCCUUGUGUGUGCACACACGAAAAUAACAAACGCAGCAGAAAACGAGCGAAGAGAAGAGAAGAGAAUAAACAGUAGAAACAGAGGGAGAAAGAAAGGGGGAUAGGAGAUGAACGCAAAAUUUGUGGUUUUUUGUUGCCGAUUUCCAAUCGGUUUUUCGAUUAAUUCCGAUCGUUGCGUAGACUAUUUGCACAAGUGUGCGUGUAAAGUUUUGUCCGAUUUGCUUGUGUGUGUGUGUGUGUGUGCGUGUGAGCCAUUAGUUGUUUUUGUUUUGGCUAGCUAGCAACAAUAACAACUACUAAAAGAAUAAUAAACGAAAAAUUAACAACACUUUGCAAACACGUGUUUAAUACUCGAUUUACAGUCGAAAGCCACAGGACAAGCCAGCAACCAAAUAAAGAAAACUGAGCUAAACAAGAAAACCAAAAGAAAAACGCUACUAGUAGAGAGAUUCCUUUAACUGGUGAACUAUAUAGAAAUUUAUUACGAAAUACUAGGAACAGGUUAGAAAGCGGACCCGACAUAUGAAAACAACAAAGAACAACAACAACCGGGCGACUAAAAAUAAGUCGCCUUUUCAAUCUACCUCUCCAAGCAUAUGCAAAAUCACCAUUCUAUAAAAAAUAAUAAUCAAAUGAGUGUACAACAAAACAUUGAAAAAGAAACCCCAAAUCCAGAAAAAUAAACAAUAUAAGAAAACAACAACAACAUCGAGCGGCUGGAAUAGGAAAAACCGCCAUCUAGCGUCGGCGAGUAAAAACCAUUGCCCGCCACAAGAUGGCGUGCCUUAAUACUCUGAAGCAGGAAAUCAAAACUCUGGAGAAAAUCUUCCCGAAGAAUCACGAGCGAUUUCAGAUCCUUAAUUCCAGCGUCGAUGAGCUGCUCUGCAGGUUUAUCGAUAAGAAUGGAAAGCGCUACGACAUCCAUGCCAAUAUAACGGAAACGUAUCCCUCAUCGCCACCAGUUUGGUUCGCCGAGAGUGAGGAGACGAGCGUCACAAAUGCUGUUCAAAUACUUAGCAAUACAAAUGGACGUGAUAAUCACGUGAUUAAUCAGGUGGGCAUACUGCUGCGUGAGCUCUGCCGACUACACAACGUUCCACUGCCACCCGACAUCGAUAAUUUGGCCCUGCCGCUGCAAACGCCGCCGCCAUGCGCUUCUCCACUUCGCUGCGAGCAGAGGCCAGGGGGCGGGGGAGCGGGGGGCGGCGGUGGACCGCACGGCAACGAGGAGACCGAUUCGGAUCAGGAGGAGAUCGAGGAUCCCAUCGGCGAGAGCGAACAGGAGAGCGAGGGUGACGAGGACUUGCCGUUGGAAAUGGAUGAUGUACGAAGUACAAACAAGAAGGACGACAUGGAAGUGGAACACUUAGCAACUUUAGAAAGACUGCGUCAAAGUCAAAGACAAGACUAUCUAAAAGGUUCCGUUUCGGGUUCCGUGCAGGCAACCGAUCGCUUAAUGAAGGAACUACGUGAUAUUUAUCGAUCGGACGCCUUCAAGAAGAACAUGUAUUCAAUUGAGCUCGUCAACGAGUCGAUUUACGAAUGGAACAUACGUCUGAAGUCUGUUGACCCGGACAGUCCGCUGCACAGUGAUCUGUUAAUGCUCAAGGAGAAGGAGGGCAAGGACAGCAUACUACUCAAUAUACUUUUCAAGGAGACGUAUCCCUUCGAGCCGCCCUUUGUGCGCGUCGUCCAUCCGAUUAUCUCAGGCGGCUAUGUGCUCAUCGGCGGCGCCAUCUGCAUGGAAUUGCUGACCAAACAGGGUUGGAGCUCGGCGUACACCGUGGAGGCGGUAAUCAUGCAAAUUGCUGCCACUCUCGUCAAGGGAAAGGCGCGCAUCCAGUUCGGGGCCACCAAGGCACUGACCCAGGGCCAAUACAGUUUGGCACGAGCUCAGCAGAGCUUCAAGUCGCUGGUGCAAAUCCACGAAAAGAAUGGCUGGUUCACACCGCCCAAGGAGGAUGGCUAAGGCAGAAGAGUCUCCAGACGCACAUCCUUUCUAGUAUAACGCAUGCCACAACCAACACAGUCCCAUCUGAACCCCCCACUCACCGUCAGCAUUACCUUAUCCACAUCCGUAAAGCACACACCCCGCUCUGACUGCCGGUUUAAUCUGAUAUUGAUAUUAGAUAAUCUGGCCUGGUCAGCAACCAUUAUAUCAUAAUAUGGACGACGCCCCCGAAUUCAAGGAGAAGGCGGCCCACAUUUUUUGUACGCGGUUUGCAUCGUGGAUGAAAGUUGGAUGGAAGCGGCGUCCACAUGCGCAUAUGUUUAAUUGCACCUGUAAACCCAAAACCGAAUUGUUAAACACACACUUUUAUAAUCACGGUUAAAUGUUUCGUUGCAUGAAGUUCAUAUGUAUAUGCCCCA